AUGGCUAAAGAUCUGAAAAAUAAAAUUGUGUUAGUUACCGGUGGUGCUGUUGGCAUUGGGUUUGACAUAGCAGAUAAAUUUCUACAAAAAGGUGCGAAACUUGCAAUCUUAGCUGAUAUCAACGAAGAACAAGGAACAAAAUCUGCAACUAAACUUUGCGUAAAAUAUGGUGAAAACCGAGCAGUUUUUAUUAAAUGUAACGUUACGAAAGAUAUGGAACUAGUAUUUAAAAAAAUUGUAGACACAUAUAAAACAGUUGACGUGUUGGUAAAUAACGCUGGGGUACUCAACGAUUUAGAUGCAAAGAAAACUAUUGAUAUUAACGUUUUGGCCUUAAUUGAGUGGUCCAUCAAAUUUUGGGAGCAUAUGAGAACCGAUAAAGGAGGAAAAGGUGGCACUAUUAUUAAUAUAUCUUCAAUUUAUGGAUACAGAGUGGAUCAGUUUCUUCCCGUUUACCAAGCCUCGAAGUUCGCUGUCCUAGGUUUUACCAAGUCUUUAGGACAUACGUACAACUUCAAUAGAACUGGUGUAAGAGUAGUUGCAAUAUGUCCAGGAUUCACUAAGACACAAUUAGUAGAGAACCCUAAAAUUAAUUGGGAUAAAUGCGUAGAGAAGGAUUUCUUGGAGUUUUUGAGUACACAACUUUGGCAAAACGUGGAUUCAGUUAGUAACGCGGCUGUGGAAGUUUUUCAAAAAGCCGAUAGUGGAACUGCGUGGAGGAUAGAAGGCGCCCAACCCAUCGCUGAAGUUCUA